UUGACAGUUUGACACAGUCGUCACUGGCAGCUGCUUGCUGGGAUUCCAGGGCUGGAAUAACACUGGAGAAACUGAAUGGCGUGACAGAUGUUGGCACUGCCACUCCCCUGCGGGCCACUGUGGCACUGACCGCACCACAACAACACACCCAGCCUUCUCACCGACCGUGGCUGCCCUUACUUCAUCAUUAUCUCUUAUAGCUUCGGGCCCAGACACAGAGCAGGACCAUGGCUGACAGUAACCACGGCCACGACGAGCAGAUGAUGAAGAGGGACGGCCACAGGGAGAUCGAUCUCAUCAACAGGGACCCCAAGCAAAUCAAUGAAGAUGUGGUCAAGGUCAACUUUGAAGAUGUGAUUGCAGAGCCUGCUGGCACACACAGUGUGGACGGUGUGUGGAAAGCCAGCUACACCACCUUCACGGUGUCAAAGUACUGCUGUUACCGCUGCCUGACCGCCGUCUUGGGAAUCCCCCUGUCGUUCCUCUGGGGCUUCCUGUUUGCUUGUAUUUCCUUCUGCCACAUCUGGGCUGUGGUGCCCUGCAUUAAGAGCUGCGUGAUCGAGUCCCAGUGUCUGAGUCGGGUCUACUCGCUGGUCCUUCACACCUUCAUUGACCCGCUCUUUGAGGCAAUGGGGAAGAUGUACAGCAGUGUGAGAGUGGUUUUACGCAAGGAGGCAUAAAAGGCUUUAUUUCAAUGAACAUGCAAACUUAGUCAUAAAAAUGAUUUUUUACUCGUUUGAUAAUUCAAUGUCAAUGUU